GUCGACGAGCUUCGUAAACAAUGCUCCAGCUGAUAGCCACAAACAGCGCAUACACUACUCACUGCAACCAUAUAUGCAUGCACAUGUAGGUUUAUAUGCAUAUCCAUACAUGCAUGCAUGCAGCAUGCAAUCACAGCUAGUACGGCAUUGUUUUCUGCAAGUAGACAUUUUGAUGCUCGUGACAGUGAGUGCUGCUGAUCAACUGUAAUUUCUCUGACUUUGGCUUGAUGCCCCCACCAUGGACGUUGAAUCCUGGACCUGCAAAGAUGUGGCCAAGUGGUUAUCCACCAAAGGAUUCGGUCAGUACGCUCGUCAGCUAUGCACCAACCACACGAUAGACGGUCAAGCACUGCUACUACUGACCGAAGCUGACCUGCGCAGUCCCCCCGUCUCCAUGAAAGUGCUUGGAGACAUCAAGCGUCUGAUCCGCCAGAUUGAUCUCUUAAAGCAUCAAAAUGGCAACAACGGACAGAUGUCGAACGGUCAUGCCCCGACAACGACGCCAGUCACUGCUCAGACACCUGACCGUCAACAUACGGGAGAGGAUCAGGUAGAUUAUCCAAAGAGGCACCUCGCGACAAGAUUAGAACCUGAGGUGUUCAAGACAAUCCUAAGCUUCAUCUACGUGUUUGCGGUGUUUCUUCUCACUGCUUUUGUCAUGACUAUCGUUCACGAUCGAGUGCCUGAUAUGGAGAAGUACCCUCCCUUGCCAGACAUAAUCCUGGACAGUGUUCCUCUGAUACCUUGGGCGUUCAAAGCCUGUGAACUCUGUGGUAUUAUUCUGUCAGUUCUCUGCUGCCUAGUACUCUUUCUUCAUAAACAUAGGAGCAUUGUUGUUCGACGUCUCUUUGCUAUCACUGGGACAGUGUUUUUACUCCGGUGUGUGACAAUGUUUGUUACAUCACUCUCUGUCCCUGGCAUUCAUCUACAGUGCUCAGCUAAGGUUUAUGGUACUGUGUGGGACAAGCUGGUGAGAGCUUUAGAGAUCUGGUCAGGUUUGGGGAUGUCUUUGACCGGUGUCCACACGUGCGGAGACUAUAUGUUCAGUGGACAUACGAGCUGCAUCACGCUCGCCAACUUCUUCAUCACAGAAUAUUCCCCACGGAAGUUCCACAUCCUACACACGGCGACAUGGGUCAUCAACCUGUUUGGUAUCUUCUUUAUCCUGGCCGGCCACGAGCAUUACACGAUCGACGUCUUCAUCGCCUUCUACAUCACCUCGCGCCUUUUCCUCUACUACCACACCCUCGCCAACAACCGCGCCCUCUGGCAGGGCGACUCUAGGGUGCGGGUGUGGUUCCCCAUGUUCUCAUUUUUCGAGGCGAACGUCGAUGGCAUCGUUCCGAACGAGUUCGAGUGGCCCCUCCCGUCUCUGACAAAGAUAAUGGAGCGCAUUAGCGAAGGCCCGGUCAAGAGAUUGAAAACGAAGGCAAGAUAAUCCAAGGCUUAGAUCGUCGUAUAUGAGUGACUGGGCAUUUGUUCCUGUGGUGUUUGCUCCGGGCUAUAUUUUAUUAUUCAUAAGUUAAGAGUUGGUGUUUUAAUUUUUUUAUUCAAAGUGGAGCAAUUGUCACAGGAGCAAGUGUCAAACAACCAGAGAAUGCCUCGAGAAUUAAAUUAUCAGCAUUUCUAUCUUCCUGUAGCUUUACAAGUUUACAAGUGCAAUUUGAUGAUGUGUAUAAGCUUCCAAGUUUUGGGUAUUGUUGAGAAAAGGGAACAUUGAGGGCCCCAUUGAAUAGAUCAUGACUCUACAAGUGUCUGAUACUAGUUGCAACUCCUAACGUUAGAAAUAGGCAGUUGUGACUUUGCAAUUGUGCUAUUUGUUAUUGAUUGUCAUUGAUUAAAUCAAUCACAUUUUUCUUAUAAGAGAUGGUUCAGUACUGUGGAGUAGCAAAUGGUUAAUGAAAUUCACGCAACAUUUGCUGAUAUUGAAAACCAUUGUAUAUUUUUCUACGCAAUUUGUAAAUGGGUAUAAUGCAUGAAUUAAUUGACUGAAUUCUUAU